AUGAACAAGCUGGUCGUUGGAAAUAGUUCUGUUCUUCGUCCAUGCUUGCUUGGUUCACUUAGUCGUUUAAAUCAAUGGUCUGUCACACAUAUCAAUGUGUGCAUUGAUUUAUUUGGUUUAGUUAACAGUCUAGUACGUGAUUGUUCUUCAUUGUCAGAGGAUAUUCUUAAUCAUCCAAAACUUUUAACUGAUUUCAUAAAUUUAAUUUUAAAUGAAAAGACAGAUCCUAUGAUUCGUGAAGCAGAUUUAUUAUUCUUGCGUAGCCUUUUCAAAGCUGGAGACUUGGGUUCAGUAGUGGUACAAUCACCUCGAGAAAAAAUUGCCAUUGAACUUUUUACUGAGACAACAUUACAAGUAUUGAUCAAUUCACUUUUAUGUACAUUUCCUGAUACCAUUUUGGAGUGCAACAAAAACAACCCACCCAAUUUAUUAUCAGCCAAUCAAUCUAUUCUUGUAUUAACAGCAAAUGCUAGAUGUUCACUUAUUGAAAUUUUAUCUGUAUUAUCUACAAGUUAUGAAUUAGCUGAACGUCUUCAUCGAUGCGGUGCAUUGAAUUUAUGUCAUCAAACAAUUAUGUUCAUAUCAUGUAGACAUCGUCUCAGGUUAAAUGAUCAGCCUAAAUCAGAUUCAGUGAAUCGAGGCAAAGCUUUAUGCAAUCGUGUUGGUUGUAAUCGUACCAUUAGUCCAAAUAAUCAACUGGCUGCUAGAUUUUCACUGAAAUUAAUGUUACAUCUAUUCUUCCAUUUACCGAAUGCAUUAGAUUCAUUUAAAAAAAUAUACAAUGAAGAGGAACCAAUUAAAUUAGUUGCAUGUUAUAGUCAUUUAACAGGAACUAUGCCUCCUGUAUUACCUAAUGUUUGUUAUUCAACACCACGUUAUCAACGUACUAAACGAGUUCUUAAUGAUAAUAUCAUCACAUCAACCAAUUCUACUACUAAUACGUCAACCGGUACAUCUACUGUUACUUUUACAUCUCCAAAUGAAUUUAAUCUUGAAGAUACUACUCAACAAUUUCAUCAGAAUUCAAUCAGUUCAACAACAUCAUCUGACAGAAAAUCCAUGUCAUCAUGUCCUGUUGAUAGUCGUAUAACUGUUUCAACGUGUUCUUGUGCACCGUUGGAUCAUGGAACAUUUGCUUUAACUGGUCUACUUCGUGGUCUAAUUUAUUGGCGUUUAGCCAAUCAAUAUGCAAAUACACAGACAGUUGAAGCGGUAGAUCAAUUUGGAACACAUGUAAUUACUUCUGCUGGAUUAGGAAUUACUGGAGAUGAUAUUGCUUUACUAAUUAUUCAACCACUUACAGAAAGUUUUCUUCAUUUAGAAUCAACACGUAUCAUGAAAUGGGUGUGUCAUGUUCUAGUACUUGUUUUAGAUAAAAGUCCAGAAUUACAUAUGUGGACUGUAUACACAAAUUCAUUUGUACGUGAAAUAGAUUAUCGUGUAACAUCUUUAUUGAAAGCUGUACAAGAAACAUCGGAUUUUCAAAGUCAUGCACAAUUUUUGGAGCAUUUAAUUCCAUUGGUGAAAUUAUUCUCUUGUUUGGCGUCUGGGCAUGAAUCUACUCGAUUACUUAUUGGUGAAUUGACAAUGUGCAAAAAACUUAUCAACUUUGCUAUGCGUUUAAAAUCAUUAGGCAAUGAAAAUGAAAAUCUUGUAUUACAAUUUCAACAUUCUAUUGUUGUCCUGUUACAUGUACUGUCUCGAUCAUUCAGUUUACAUCAUACACUUUUUAGAAAUAGAACAAUUGGAUUAUAUUUAUUAAAUAUAAUUGAUGAUAAUUUAUCAAAUACAAUGAAAGGUUCUUAUUUAAGUGCAAAACUAGUUGAAGCAGCUUCAUCCACUCUAGUUAAUCAAGUGCUUCCAAUGUGUCCAUUAAAAGAUACUUUAAUUGAUGAUUUUAUCAAUGUUUUCAUUCGUUUAUUAACGAUUGGAAAUAAUAUACAAUCAUCAUCGUCAUCAUCAUUACCGUCAUCAUCUAAAGUAGAAUCAAAUCAUCAUCAAUCAAUAAAUACAUAUGAUACUGGAUGUAGUAUGAAUAAUAACAGUAAUAAUAAUAACAGUAAUAAUAAUAAUAAUAAUAUUGAUCAUUCAUCUCGUUCAUUAAUAACAAAAUCAUCAAUCACAAAUUCAAAUCCGCAUCAUCAACAACAACAACAUCUUUAUGAAAUUAUACCAAUAUUACAUUUGAAUGGUAUAUGGGGCUUAAGUAAUUUAUUGCAUACAGCUGAUUCAAGCGUUUGCAUGAAUCUAUUUCAUGAAUUAGUCAAUAAGGGUAUAUGGUUAGAAUUAUUACAAUUAGCUGCUUCAAUACCACCGAAUAAUGAAUUGAAUAAUUUUAAUUUUCCUAUAAAAAAUAAUGAAUGGGAAAAUAAUAUGAAAACAACUCAUGUUGAUAUGAAUUCAAGAAAUAGAAUUCCUCCUGUAUUACCAGGAAUUAUGGUAUCACAUGAUGAAGAUACUGAAAUUAAAUAUCUGAAUGAAUUAAAUCCAAUAAUGGAAAAAACCAACAACAACCAACCAACACAACAAAAAUAUCAAACAAAUUUAUUCAAUCGUUCCACUGUGACAACUUCACAUUAUCGUUCAUAUCAUUCUAAUCAUCAUCAUCAACAACAUCAACAUCAAUUAUUUUUAUCCAAUAAUGAUAAUAAUAAUAAUAAUACACAGUGUAAAUUUAAAUUUUCUAAAAAUACUGCACAAAUUCAUAUAUUAAUUGUUUAUCAAACAUUAAGCUUUUUACGUAAUCUACUACGUGAUGAACAAUUCAUAGACUUUGUGGUAAGUAAGCAUUGGUGGAAUAUCACUCAAUUUAUAAUUGCUGUAUUGGAGUCGAACUAUCCUCAACCCGUCAAAGAACAGGCUGUACUUGUAGUUGCACAUAUUGCCACUGGACGAACUUCACGAUGUGAAGUUCAUCGAAAUGGAGAUUUAGUUGAAAAGCUAACAUUAUUUAUGCGUUCACAAAAUAGUUAUACAAAAGCUGCUUCAUUGACUGCAACCUAUAAUCUUUUAGGCUUACAAACUGAAUGUCUUGAUUCAUGUGGAUUAUUAAGUUCAUUUAAAGUGAAAAAUAAACCAUACAUUUUAUCACAUAAUAGACGUUUACGUGUUCAACAUCAUCGUCAUGAAACACAUCCUCAUCAUCAUCAACAUCAACAUCAUCAUCAUCACCAACAUCAUCAUCAUCAUCAUCAUGGUAAAAAAUCAGAUUUAAGUAAUCAAUCAACAACAACAACAACAACUGCUUUAAUAUCUCGUAGUAUCAAUUGUCGUGAAACAUCAACAUGUAUGGCUCAAAAUGCAUUAGAAGAAGAAGUUGAGGAAGAAGAAGAUGUUGAUGAUGAAGUAGACGUAGAAGACAAUGAACAACAUCAUCAACAACACCAACACCAACAACACCAUCAACAACAACAAGAAACUGAAGAACAAGAUAUUCAUUUAGAACAUAGCGAUGAAUUUAUGCAUGAACAAACUUCUAUAAUAAUACCUCCAACUACUACUGAUACUGCUAUUUCUUUCAAUCUUGAUGACAAUAAUAAUAAUAAUAAUAGUAAUAAUAAUAAUGACGGUGAUAAUGUUGUUGUGAAUACUGCUAACAUUACUGAUCAUUCUAGAUUGCGUACAUUACGAAGAAGACGAUAUUAUCGUUCAUGGCAACCAACAUCACCAUCUAUGUCAGAUAAUCAUGAAUUAUUAGCAUUAAAUGAACAAGAAUGUUCAUUCAAUGAACCAUCCACUGAAAUUACACGAUCACUAUCAUCACAUUCAAGAUCACCAUCAUCAUCGUCAUCAUCAUCAUCAUCAUCAUCGUCGACAUCAUCCAAUUCAUCUUCAACUUCAUCAUGUAUAGGUGAAACUAGUGUUACUACAGAAUUAACAAAUUUACAUCAAUCUGUUACAGUUGAUAUGUGUGCUAUCUCAUCACCUAGUUGUACUGAUGAAGAUGUUGAAGAUAUUAAUCGACAUGCUAUUACAUUGAGUUCCCUGUCACCUACAUUAACAAUAAGUGAUCGUGCUCCUUUGGCUGAUGAAGAACAUGAUGAAGAUCGUGGUACAACAGCAGAAAUGCAACAUUCAACUAUGACCGAUUCAGAUUUACUUAGUCCAUUAUCAUCAUCUAGUCAAAAAUAUGAUAUUGGUUCAAAUCCAGAUGAUAUUUCAAGUAAUGAAUGUCUUGAUUUGAAUAGUUCAGAACAAAUUAAUAAUUCAGUACAAACUAUUUUUACUAAUACUAAUAAUGAUGCUGAUAAUAACAAGAAUGAUAAAAAUAUUCCAUCUACUUCACAUAAUCUAUCUCAAUCGACUAAUUCAACAUCUUCCAAUUCUCGUCGAGAUUGGGAAACUGGAUUUUGUCAAAUUUUAUUACCAUUUUUACAAGAAUUAGAUUCAGAUCAAAUAUUACGUAGUACAUGGGAUUGGUUAAUGUUAUGCGCUAAUAAAGAUGGUAAACCAGUAUUUUUAAAUAGUUUAUUUCAUGCAUGGCAACGUUUGUAUACAAAUAUACCAAAUUUAACUACAUUACAAACUACUACAAUACAACAACCUGAAUUAGGCCAAUCUUCAUCGAAUACUAAUAAUAAUGAUAAUAAUAGUAGUAAUAAUAAUAAUAAUAAUAUUACUGUCAGUGAAUUUCUAAGUAAAAUUAAAGAAUCCAUGGAAACAGGUACAUCACCAAAUGCAUUAUUGAUUAAUUUACCACGAUAUUGGGAAAAUCGACAUCGUCACCGAUGUCGACGUCAACAUCGUCAUCAUCAUUGUCAUCAUCAUCAGCAUCAUCGACAUCGUCAUCGUGUACGUCGACAAAAUCAACCACAUUCUACUACUACUACUACUACUACUACUACUACUUUAACUACUACUAGUACAACAACAGAUCGACCAGAAUCAAUUAGUACAGUAGAUACAAGUAUUACUACUAAUUCACCAGUGCCUCCAUCAACAUCAAAUGAAAACCUUGAACAAACAGACUGA